ACAGGUGAGUGUGUCAGUAGAGAGAGAGCCCUACAAUCCAACGACCGACCGCCGAACGCGUCUUUCCUAAGCAGAUUCCUCUCGUGCGCGCGUCCCUCCGUCCGUCCGUGGCAUCGCCCCCCCUCCGUCACGCCGCUUUCGCACGUCGCUAUAUAAAGGGCGCCCUGCAGAAAGCAAGCCGAGAUCGUGCUGCCUUCUUUCUCUCUCUUUCUCUCUCUCUUUCUCUUUCUCUCUCUUUCCUUCCUUCCUUCCGGUCGGCACCUGCCCGCUCUCCCGCCGCACCGCUUGACUAGGUUUUUGCUCCUCUCGCGUGGAGGCUCCGAAGGGUUUUGGCGGAAAACCCGGACCCGUUAUCUUCUUAUGGCCGAAGAGGGUGCUGUUGGGUGCGCUGAUUUGCCCGUGAAGAGGCCGAGGGAGGAGGAGGAGAACGGGGCGGUGGCCGCCCCGGACGUGACCAUGGAGGCGGCGGUGGACUUCGGCAGCGGUGGCGCCAUGCCCUCCGUCAUUCCCGGGUGGUUCUCUGAGAUUAGCCCAAUGUGGCCCGGGGAAGCACACUCGUUAAAGGUGGAGAAGAUAUUAUUCCAAGGAAAAUCAGACUACCAGAAUGUUAUGGUUUUCCAGUCAUCAACAUACGGAAAAGUUCUUGUCUUGGAUGGGGUGAUCCAGCUUACUGAGAGAGAUGAGUGUGCAUAUCAAGAAAUGAUCACUCAUCUUCUUUGCUCAAUCCCGAAUCCAAAGAAGGUACUUGUGAUUGGUGGAGGGGAUGGGGGAGUUCUUCGUGAAGUGUCUCGCCACUCUUCUGUCGAACACAUUGACAUAUGUGAGAUUGACAAGAUGGUGGUUGAUGUUUCGAAACAAUUCUUUCCUGAUGUUGCAGUUGGUUAUGAUGAUCCCCGUGUCAACCUCCACAUCGGCGACGGAGUUGCAUUCUUGAAAGCUGUACCAGAAGGAACUUAUGAUGCAGUCAUAGUUGAUUCUUCAGAUCCUAUUGGUCCUGCACAAGAACUUUUUGAGAAGCCCUUUUUUCAGUCUGUUGCGAGGGCCCUCCGUCCGGGAGGAGUUGUGUGCACUCAGGCAGAAAGUAUAUGGCUUCACAUGCACAUUAUCGAGGACAUCGUUUCGAAUUGCCGUCAGAUUUUCAAGGGCUCAGUCAACUAUGCAUGGACCACUGUGCCUACGUACCCCAGUGGGGUGAUUGGUUUCAUGCUUUGCUCAACGGAGGGGCCACCUGUUGAUUUCAAGCAUCCAGUGAAUCCCAUAGAUGCCGAUGGAGCUCUUAGCAAGACUAGACGGCCACUGAAGUUCUACAACUCAGAGAUCCAUACAGCGGCAUUCUGUUUGCCCUCCUUUGCGAAGAAGGUAAUCGAUGCGAAGGCUAGUUGAGGAAUUUCUUCUUUUCAAUGGAGCAGAGAGAGAGAGAUAUUACCCAGUGUUGGAGCUCCCCAUCCUCAAUGAUGAAAGUGGUGCCUUCGGCUAAGUUCAUGCAAUAAGUUGAGAUUUGGAUAUAUGAUCCCAGCAUUGUUCACCCCAGGCUAUAUAUUUUUGCUGGACACUUUGAUAAAUCCGAUUUUAUUCUUAUAUCCCUUCUGGGUACAGACUCGUUGGCUUAACCAGUUGCGUCUCUUUUUGAUUCAUAA